CUCACUGUAAAAGAUCACUUUCAAUAUGUCGGUUUCGGAUCUGAUUGGUGCCCUUGAUGCCAUUCCCAAGCUAACAGUUUCUGAGUCUCCUGCGGCUCCAAGUUCUGUUUUCUUGGAUGCUCCUGAAUGGCUAACAGAGAGCUAUUUGCAGGAUGCCCUGCGAAAAUACUACAAGGAUCAAAGGAUCCGGAUCAACUGGGUUAAGGUGAAUCCUGCCCUGGGCAAAGGUGAAAACUACGGUGGAGUUCUGACCCGGGUGAAGGCACAGUUCACCCGCAGCGAUGGCAGUUCCCAACUUGGCCACUACAUAGUGAAGUCCACAUUUGAAGGCAAUGAAUUUGCACAGAAUGCCAUGGCGCCCUACGACAUCUUCAAUCGGGAGAUGACUAUCUAUGAGCAGGUUUUGCCCAAGCAGAAGACUCUCCUCCUGGAAAUUGGCGAUACUGAGCAAAUCUUCGCCGAAACCAUGGCCGUUGACAUUGAUAAUUCAGCACUGAUUUUCGAAGAUCUGAAUGCACGUGGCUUUGUAAUGCCGGAUCGUUUGAUCGGCUUGGAUCUUAAGCUGGCCAAAAUUGUGCUUAGAAAGCUGGCCAAGAUGCAUGCCACUUCGGCUGUCCUCAAUGAACGCGAGAAUCACAAUCUGGAGAGCUAUGAUCGGGGAUUCUUCAACCGGUACACCGAUAACUAUGAAAAUGCAUUCGUUGGUAUGUUCCAGGCAGCCACUCGUCGUGUGGCCCAGUGGCCAGGAUAUGAGAAGUACGCUGAGAAGAUGGAGGCACUGGUGCCCAUUUACAUGGAAUUAGGAAAACGUAUCUUUGACAUCACACCGGGACACAUUAAUGUCUUGGCCCAUGGAGAUCUGUGGACCAACAAUGUGCUUGUGAAAUACGAUAAGGAAUCCGGAGAGCCAUUGGAUGUCGUCAUUAUUGACUUUCAAUACACAGCCUGGGGAUCGCCGGCUCUGGAUCUUUUCUAUUUUCUGAACACUUCGCUGGAGUUCGACCUGCAUCAGAACCAUCAGGAGCAUCUGAUUGCCUACUAUUUCGGAUUUUUCACGGAUACUUUAAGGAAGUUGCAGUACCAGGCCUCCAUUCCCAGCCUUCACCAAUUCCACCAGCAAUUGCAGCAAAAGAAGUUCUAUGCUGCUCACACAUCUAUCUCGGUGUUCCCAAUUCAGCGAAACGUAGAGACCGCCGAUGCAGAUUUCAAUGCCCUGAUGGAGAACAAUCAGCGGGCCACCAACUUCAAGAAUGCCUGCUAUGUCAAUCCGAUUUCUCAAAGGAUUCUAAGGGAACUUCUUCCAGGUUUCGAGGCAGAGGGAUUGCUUGAUGUGGAUCAGUGAGGAGUAAUGACCUUUAUUAUAUUAUAUAUAGACAAAUUACAUAGUUUAGUUAAUUUAGGUAUGUAUAUGCAAUAUAUUGUAAAUAUCCAUUAUACGCGGUACAACUUAUACAAUAAAUAUAGAAAAUAAUAAAAAGUUAA